AUGGCUUCCUCUACAACCACGAUUUCUUCCGACUUUGACGACUCUUUACGAUCCAUACCCACUAUUGAGGCUCCGGAAUCUCUCCUAGCUGUCGACCAGCUUGAUGGACCUUCGCUUGCAUCGACGCUAAAGCUACCGGAUGGUGCCUCGCAAUUUCUGUCUCCGAUACCCGCCUCGACACCGCAAAGCAGUCCCCCGCCGACGUUCGCGCUGUCUGACUUGUAUGACGGAACCCCGGAAGGCUUGGAGGCACUGGGCCCGGAUAUUGCAUCGUCAGACAUCACGGUAGCAGCGGACGGUACUUAUCUCGAGACUUCUUCCGGGCCUGCUGCACGAGAGUUGAAGAGAAGAUAUGAUCAGCUGGCUGGAGUUGGACCGUCCGUUCGAUCUCCCUACGCUAUUACAGCUUUUGUUAAUCAACACGGAAAGCCUAUGUACCGUGUCGGGCAUCGUGCUGAACACUCUGCACCGGGCAAGAACGCCGCAGAUGUCGAAGACCAGAUCAAUCAAUCCAAGUCGAGCACCGCAUCCCAAUCUCCUCGGACCAAACGGCGUUCACGACUUAGUAUGCAUUUCCUCCCGCCCACCAUGUUCUCAAAGAGCUCCGCACCACCACCGCCACCUCCUGCGCCUCCGAGCCGCCCACCCACCGCUGCCUCGUCGAAUACCACCACAUCCAGGAAACUUCAGCGGAGAACGCGCUCCAUACCGGAUCUAUACAGUGCUGCAAAUUCCAACGGGUCCACGAAUGGGCCUACGUUUUCAGCGACUGGGCGUGCGCAUUCGCAAAGUGUAACAGCCGCGGACCUGCCUCGUCCAAGUUUAGCAUUCAACCAGCCCUCACCUGAGCGUAAAUUCGAUGCCUUCGCACAGUUGCUGGACUGGUUUACGCCGUCAUCGGGUGCGUCCAGCAACUCCAGCAUGUUCGACGCUCGAAGAUCGUCUUCGGACCCCGCCCGUUCGCGCGCAACGAUAACUCAACCAUUCGGCAGCUCGGUCUCAUUCAACUCACCUUCGCAGAAACCCCCAGCAGAACGACAGCCACCUCGCUACCUCCGUGUUAUGCAGUCUUUCGAGUCUGGACUAACAGCAAGACAAGACGACCUGCCAGCAAGCGGCUCGCCUGUACCUGAAGAGGAUGAAGAAUCCAGCCGGCCUCCUUCUGCAAUCCGCUUGAGCGAGAUCCAGCUAGAACCAAUCGAACAGCCGGGCACCCCCGCCCCAGAACCUGAUAACACUAUAUCGGCCGAGUCAUUGAAUCUAUCCUCCCAUUAUUCUACGGAGGUAUUCAACGUGCUGCAAACAUACCGUGGGUUGCCACUAUUCGAAACCCUGGCGGACGAAGAUACGACCGUGAUCAAAUUGUCCUUAGCGUCAGACUCGAGCGCUGCACCGCGAGAUGACCCAAGAUUCGUCAUAUGGGGCGAGGUUUAUCCAGAGCAAGAUGUCGACGAUUACCGCUCGUCUUCUCGAGAUAGUCUUACCGACGUCUCGUCAUCGAACCCCUCGUCGAGCUUCUCAAGGAGGAGGAAUAGCAAAGUGCCGAAGAUAAAGUCCCCUGAAGCAUCAACCUCGCGACUUCCACCUGCCGAACCAGGCCAGAGGGUGCUGCUGGCAGCUACCAUCGAACGCUGGAUUGCCCAGUUAACCAGUGAUUUGAACUACGACGAACUCCUAAAUUUCUUCUUGACGUUUAGGACCUACGUCAGUGCAGUCGAUUUAUGCCAUCUCCUCAUCUGUCGAUUCCAUUGGGCAUGCCAAAAGCCGUCGUCUUUGCAGGACGAGAAGGUUCGUCGCAUCGUCCGCGUUCGAACAUUCGUCGCCAUUCGGUAUUGGCUGCUGACGUUCUUUACGGUUGACUUCAUUCCGAACCGUGAACUGAGGUUGUUGAUUGCUGAUUGGCUAAAUACUUUAAUGCAUGACCCUGUGCUGAAGAAGCAUCCAGAUGGGAUGGAUAUUGUCCGUCGUCUUGUGAAGGUUGCCAAGGAAUGUAAACGGGCCCAUACUCGUACAGAAGCCCACACAACGGAAAAGCCUAAACCGACAUCGCUUCCGAGAUCUACACCAGAGAGCCCUGCCGAUCAUCUCCUAGGAAAGAGCUUCGCAGAGGCGAUCAGGAAGCCUGCCGUGGAAGACACAGAAUCCGAUCUUGACCUCGACUUCCUCCCCGACGAUGCGAAACCCGAAGAACCUUCGACAGGUUUCCCAAGCGAUCCAGCAAACGCGCAUCUCACGGUUGGACGCUCCGCUGGUGGAGUUGCUCUGACGCCUUCUUCGCGCCCUUCUUCCCUCCCUCUUUCCUCUUUCAACAUCCUACAGCGCACGGACCAUGCACCUGGCCCCAACGCCGACACGGACCGUCCGUUUGUGCAGAACCUUGUCCAGGUACCGCUACCAAAUCGCCACAGCGCUCUCUCAAGGGCGUUCGUUCGAACCAUUGGUCGGCUUGGACGUUGGAAGCGGGUGUUGGCUCCCAAGACGUCGGUCAGCCGUCCGGCAGCACCUCUGGGAGCCUGCGCAGGCGUCUCCGCCUUUGACCUUGAAAUUAACGCAUCACGGGAUCUGCUGACCAUGAACGGCGGUGUUGAGCAAUAUCUGAAGAUGCUUGACCCGCCUUCGGCUGCGGCCAAGUUGACUGCACCCACAAAUGCAAGCCUCACGCAAGUUGCCAUGCAUGCGCCCCUUCCUUCUUCACCCCCGCAAGAACUUCCUGCGCCGCCUCUGUCACAGACUUCCCCCCUAACUGUUCCUGCCAAUGGAGAGAGUCACUCUCCGCAAACGCCUCAGUCGCCUGCAUCUCCUCUUGCCUCUCAUUCCAAGCUUCCAGUCGAAUCGAUUCCACCACCCGUUGUGGCCGAAGAAAUGUCGGCGUCCAUUCCACAAUAUUCGGAGCUGGCCACACAAAUCGCUGACACGGCUGACACUGCAGAGCCCUCGGAUGCAACAGCCUGUGCAUCUGAUGAUUCUGCAGAUAGUUCGACAGCAGUCUCUGAUUAUGAGAUAGAGGCCUUCAACAACGAGGUUGAUCGUCUGAGACAGCCUGAGAGGGCAGAGUCCUUCCGUUCUUCAUCCACAGAUUCUUUUGGACAGCCAUUAACCUUAGACGGGCCUCUUCCCCCAACAUUCCCCGGCACGCAUUCACAAUGGCAAUUUGACGUGGUCUCUAUCGACGACCUGGACUUCUCUGAUACUUCUUCAUUCUUGGAGGCGGGCGAACCUCAACAUCCGCCUGGGUUGCGGAAACCUGUACGUAAACUCCCGAUGCGUCGCGAUUUCGAGUUCGUUCGCCGGUCGGAGGUAUCUUCGAUGGGUAUUGUGUCGCAUGAAUCUAUGCGCGAUUCAAUCAACAGCUCUAAUCACUCCACAUCGCCUACAUCUUCUGCAGGCGGCCCUCAGCCUAUCCAGAAAUGGCAGAUGAAGUCCUUGCAGCAGACAUUCGAGUCAAUGAGCAACGACGGCGACGAUAAAGGUGAUGUCGAAGCCGCCCUGCUCCGACUAGAAGGUCAAAUUAACCCGAAGGUCUUGCAAGAGAAGGCUGAAAAGGUUGAUGGUUGGGUCCGUAGUCUUCGAGAAAGAAUGGCGAAUGGUGACUAUGACCGUGCCAGCUCCAUUUUCUCGGAUGAUGAACCUGAGUUCGAGGGCUUCAUUGAUGAAGUGGAUCAGCCACUCAAACCUGACUUCGAAACUCAGCAUAAUCUUGUGGUAUCUAUCGCAGAGGAUGAAGGGUAUGCUGGACGCGAUGAAAUCGACGAUGCUGUCGACACUCCUAUGCCCACCCAAACGACGCAUCAGCUGCCUAACGUCCCCGAUCUGGACAGGUCGAAGGACGCCAAGCCUGCCCUUGAAGACGCCGUUCCUCUUGAAAUUUUGCAAAGCAGAGUUCAUUCAACGGAAGCUCCUGACGCUCCACUUGUUGAUCCUUCUGUAGAAACUCACCUCUCGUCUAAGUUUGCCAGCACCGAAGCGCCGCGGAUACAUCGAUCCUUCAUCCUCCACCACCCGGCCGAGCUUCUCGCAAAGCAUUUCUCGAUGAUCGACCGAGAGUUGUUCAUGAGUGUCAAGUUCGAAGAACUUGUUACAGAGGAGUGGAUGGAAUGUGAAGAGAUUGAUGUUUUGGAUUGGGGUCAAUAUCUCAAAGACCGCGCGCGGUGGAAGGUCGAGGGUCGCUUUGCCGACAAGACCACAGCCCUUGCUGCUGUUCGAGCCAGGUUCAAUCUCAUGGUUUCGUUUGUCAUUGCCGAAAUCGUCCUGACGCCUCCCGGAGAGCGGCCUCUCGUUGUCGGCAAAUUCAUCCGCAUUGCUUGGAAAUCCUAUUCUCUCAGCAACUUCAAUACCCUCACUGCUAUCAUCACAGCCUUGCAAACUCAUUGGGUUUUCAAAGCGAUGCGCAAACCAGGCUGGAGUCGGAUUGGAACGUUCGAGAGCCGGAUGUACAGAGAUCUGAAACAAUUCACAACCAACAUCGACCAUUUCAAGUUCAUGCGCCAAGUCGUCGACUCCAUCGUCGAUGCGAAGCCAUUGGAAUCCAGCAGUCACGCUGCGUCCGUCGUCAGCGGCGGUGCGGAUUCACAGUCAGGCAGGGCCAGAGCGGGUUCGGAUUUGCGACCCGCGGUGCCAUCUGCUUGCAUCCCUUUCAUUGGUAUAUAUCUCUCCCAACUCCAGCGACUCAACAAAUUGCCGGCUGUCAUCGACCCAACUGCGCCACACAGCGCUGUCGGGAUUGAUCCAGAGACCGCCAUAUUUGACACUCUAGCGCACCCAGAAGUUUUCGCCACCCUUGCACCGUUGCCACCAUCCAUGCAUCUUGAACCGUUGAUUAAUGUGCACAAGCAACGCCGGAUUGCAGACGUCAUCAAGUCCCUUGUGGCGGGCCAACACCUCGCCAGCCGCGUCCAUUUCGAAGUCGAUAAGAAGCUUUUCCAGAGAUGCCUGCGUCUCCGAGGCCUCGAUUCCACCUAUCUUCAAAGAGCACUACUCAUGUAUCCAGAUUAA